ACUUGUAGACUUCGUUAUAACUAUUCCAUUUAAUAGUUUAGGAUAGAUAUUAUCGUUUCUUUUAUAUGUCUGCUGAGGCCGAUUCGCAGACCCCUGAGGGCGUGGAUAGGACUGCCGCGUUGCACGCUUCUGAAGAGGUCGAAUCUCAACCUAGAGCUAAUAUUUUCGUGAUUAGAUACGGCCCGGCUGUCACAAUUGCGGUAUUUUUAAUAUGCUUCAUCCUGUCGCUAUUGGUAUCAAUUGAGAGGCAGAUACGCUAUUCCAGCGCUGCUUUCCAAAACCACACCGAUGGAACCAAGUAAAUACCGCGUUUCAUGCAAGCGGACAGACCUGACUUUAGAACAAUCAUUACCAAAUUUAUCGGAAGCUAUUGGUAAUCUCACAAGAUCGUCUGCGUUUAAUUUAAGCGAUUUAGGGUUCUUUAAUGCUCAAUUACAUUCUGAAUUUUUGCUUUUUUGUUGUUGCUUGCUGAUACGCACGCAUGCUGACAUAUACAUAGCUGAGGAAUCUAAUUAGCUAAAAACAUAUCUCUGUAUCGGGUUUCUCCUUCUACCAUCGAAGGAACCAUCUAAGACGUUAAGUUGAAGAUUCAAACAACAAAUAAAAACAUAUGCUAGAGCUAAUCACUUUUGCGGUGUGCUGUGUGAUUUAUAGAUCGUCUGGAUUAGUUGUUCUUAAUAGAGGGCUAAAAUAAGCGGUGAAUCUUAUCGGCAAAAGUUAUAUAUGUACUUUGCAGUCAUCAUGAACCAUUUAGUUUGUAUUCUUUUUAUGUUCAUUAUUUUAUUUCUUUCCAAAAGAUAUUAUACGUCAUAAGGGUUGAUCUGCACCAUCGGUUUUUUUUUUUAGGUAAAUAAAGAGAUAAAUCUUAGAGCACAAAACCCUAUUCGGAAUAUUAGUUAGUGAUUUUUUAAAAACCACACACAUUAUUCUUCUUUUAAUUAUUGUAUAUUUAUAUAUUUGUAUAUAUAAAUAUAUAUUUAUUUUUUGGUUGAGCCUUAUAAGCAUUAGCUGCUAAUAGUUGUAAUCUAUGCUUGAAAAUAAAGCUUCCGAUCUUUAUUCUCGUACGACUGAAGUCGAAAUUCAUGUCGGUGACGAUAUUCCACCCUAUAAUCAGGCUAUCCCGCUUUUUACUCAAGUCCUUCGAUUUGCAAUUGUAUUCGUUAUUUCUGCUGUUGUUGUUUCAGUGGCCUUACUGUUCACGAAUGAACGCAUGCCGAACCCAAAGGUGGUACGGCCACUGCCGGAUCUUCUCUUCGAUAUAUUACCAAAGGUUGCAUGGCUAGAGCCUGUUGUAGAUAUUCUUAUCUUCAUCUUGAAUCUGACCGCUGUGUACGUUAUAUUGAAGAUAUACGUUCUAGCCUGUCGCGAAAAAUCCUAUGAAAAAAUCAAAUUAUUUUCCAAUAUUAAGUUUGUCGGCAGUGCCGUGAAUAAUUUUUUGUUUUCUGUUGUAGAUUCUGGGAGGCGCCCGUACCCACUAGAAGGAAUCCAUUUGAUUGCGCUGAUUCGUUUUCUAACUGUUUAUGCGAUUAUGCUGCUGUAUCGCUCGGUGGUGCUGGUUUUAACCGCGUACCCGGCGACCGAUAAUCAAUGUCAGAAUCCACAGACGAUUGAAAAUCCACUCCUCAACAUCGUGCUGACCCUUCUGACAUUCGGCAGCGCUUCGAUCCACUGUGGGGAUCUGAUGUUUAGCGGCCACACGAUUAUCAUCUGCCUGGCGUGGAUUAUAAUUUGGGAUUACAGCGUGUACGUCCAUCGGUUUAUCUUUCGAUUGUACAGCACAGUGGUGAUGUUCGUGGCUUUUUACGGCAUCAUUGCGUCUCGUUCGCACUACACCAACGAUAUCGUUGUCGCCGCGUACUCGACGGUGACGACUUUCAUGCUGAUCUCACACCAACCCCACGGCGCGCCCUGGCAGCUGCAGAUGUUGAUUCGAUGGUGGCCUUUUCCGGGAUCAAAUACGGAGCGCUCGGUGGAGGUCUGA